AUGUCCGGAGGGAUGAAGUUUAAUGGGUACAUGAAGGUGCGCAUUGGGGAGGCUGUGGGGCUCCAGCCCACCCGCUGGUCACUCCGGCAUUCCCUGUUCAAAAAGGGAUACCAGCUGCUGGACCCCUACAUCACAGUGAGUGUGGACCAGGUACGUGUGGGACAAACCAGCACCAAACAGAAGACUAACAGACCUACUUACAACGAAGAGUUUUCUGCCCCUGUCAAUGAUGGGCACCAGCUGGAGCUGGCAGUCUUCCAUGGCACCCCUAUUGGCUACGAUGACUUUGUGGCCAAUUGCACGGUGCCCUUUCACGACCUGCUUCAUGGCACAGGCUCUUCUGACAGCUUUGAAGGAUGGGUGGACCUGGAACCUGAAGGGAAAGUAUUUAUAGCAAUAACCCUCUCAGGCAGCUUCACCGAAGGAACACUCCAGAGGGACAGGAUCUUUAAAAACUUCACGCGGAAACGUCAACGGGCCAUGCGCAGGAGAAUUCAUCAAGUCAACGGACACAAGUUUAUGGCAACUUAUAUGCGGCAACCAACGUACUGCUCACACUGUCGGGAAUUUAUCUGGGGAGUAUUUGGAAAGCAGGGAUACCAGUGCCAAGUUUGCACCUGUGUUGUGCACAAGCGUUGUCACCAUCUCAUAGUUACAGCUUGCACAUGCCAGAAUAAUAAAAAGAACAUAGAUAUGAAGUUUUCUGAGCAGAGAUUUGGAAUCAAUAUCCCACACAAGUUCAGAAUCCACAAUUACAAAGUGCCAACCUUCUGUGAUCACUGCGGCUCUCUCCUCUGGGGAAUCUUGCGACAAGGGCUUCAGUGUAAAAUGUGUAAAAUAAAUGUACAUAUUCGGUGUGAAUCCAAUGUAGCUCCAAACUGCGGGGUGAAUGCAGCAGAACUAGCCAAGACGUUGGCAUGUAUGGGACUGCAACCUGGAAAUAUCUCUCCAAAUGGGAAGUUAGUCUCAAGAUCAACAUUGAGACGCCAGAAAAAAGACAGCACAAAGCAUGGCAAUGGGAUGGUGGAAGUCUCAGCCAGUAGGCUUAAAAUUGAAGAUCUAAUAUUUAUCAGGGUGCUCGGAAAGGGCAGUUUUGGAAAGGUAAUGUUGGCUAAAACAAAAGAGACAGGAUAUCUUUAUGCCAUCAAAGUGCUGAAGAAAGAUGUCAUUCUUCAAGAUGAUGAUGUGGAAUGCACUCUAACAGAGAAGCGGAUCCUGACUUUAGCAAGAAACCAUCCUUUCCUCACCCAGCUUUUCUGUUGCUUUCAGACCGCUGAUCGCCUCUUCUUUGUCAUGGAGUUUGUGAAUGGAGGGGAUCUUAUGUUCCACAUCCAGAAAUCCCGUCGCUUUGAUGAAGUCCGAGCCCGGUUCUAUGCUGCAGAAAUCAUUUCGGCUCUCAUGUUCCUUCACGAGAGAGGCAUCAUUUACAGAGAUCUGAAACUGGAUAAUGUGCUGCUGGAUCACGAGGGCCACUGCAAGCUGGCAGAUUUUGGAAUGUGCAAAGAAGGAAUCCACGAUGGGAUCACCACCGCCACAUUCUGUGGAACCCCUGACUAUAUUGCUCCAGAGAUUUUGCAGGAGAUGCUUUAUGGUCCUGAUGUUGACUGGUGGGCGAUGGGGGUGCUCCUCUAUGAGAUGCUUUGUGGCCAUGCUCCAUUUGAAGCUGAAAAUGAGGAUGACCUCUUUGAAGCUAUCCUCAAUGAUGAAAUUGCCUACCCAACAUGGCUCCAGGAAGAUGCAGUGGCAAUCUUGAAAGCUUUCAUGACAAAGAACCCUAAAAUGCGACUUGGCAGUAGUGCCUUGGGGGGAGAGAAGGCAAUUCUCCUGCAUCCAUACUUUCAGGAACUGGAUUGGGACCUGCUAAACCAGCGCCAGAUUGAGCCACCUUUCCGACCUCGAAUCAAAUCAAAAGAAGAUGUCAGUAACUUUGAUCCUGAAUUUUUAAAGGAAGAGCCGAUCUUGACUCCCAUUGAAGAAGGAAUACUAUCCAUGAUCAACCAAGAGGAAUUUAGAAACUUUUCUUAUACAGAUCCAGAAUUAGAGUCUUAGCUCCAUGUUGACUGGACUCUCUAUUCAGCAACAAAGAACGAUUGGAAUAUGGGAUUGCCUAGACAGGACCAUCCAACAGGCAGACUUAUAUUAUGCAUCAGAGUAAAGAGGAGGAAAAUGAGCUCAGCAGGAAGAAGUAAACAAAUGACGCACAAAAGAGGAAUGAGUAGAGCUUGUUAGCUCUGAAAGGCUACUAAAGUAACUUUGUAGUAACUGUGGGGAAUUUCUAGAAAGACAAAACCAACUCUGAGCCAAAACUACCUUUCUGCAGCACUGAUUUCCCACAAAAUAACUCAGUUGAACUACUUUCUUCAAUCAAGGAAGCAAAAAGAGAAUAAGGCUGACUGGUUUGAACGGUAUUAGGGAAAGGUUACAUGUGCUACCACUUUGCUUAGAGGUUAUGGGUUCAGGUUUCCUCAAACCUGACUGAGUACACAUCUGUUAGAAAUAUUUUGGGCUUCCAUUUACAAAUAUAUGGAAUUACACAUAUUGACAGGAAGGAAAGAAAAAGGGAGAGGGAGGGAGGGAGGGAAGGAAGGAAGGAAGGAAGGAACGGUUCCAUCAUCUCUAUCUUUAUCAUUAUCUACCAGAUCCAUAAGAAAAAUUGGUGCAGAAGGGGAAAUCGGCUGCGGAAAAAAAUUGUGAAUUUUUUGGUCGGAACCCGAUUUGGUCGUGGUCAGAAGCGUUCAUGACCAGAGGUUCUACUGUACUGGCAAUCAGUUCAAAAAGGGGAACACCACAAUGCACUCUCGUGUUAAGGGACAUGUGUCCAUGUGAAGGAACAGGAGAAUCAAUCCACCUGCUACCUCUGCAUUAGAAUGAGGGAAACAUUAUCUGCAAAUUUGUAAAAUACUGAGGUUUUGUAUAUUUUGGCUAAUUUAGUUUUUAGGGGUUUCUUCUUCUUUUUUAUGACUUUUAUUCUUUUCUCCUGAAUUUGCAGAACAAAGUGCAGCUGAUUCUGUCUUUUUAUAUAAAGACAAUUUUACUUCGAUUCCCUUUACUAACUGAUGGCAUUUCUGACUCUUAGCUGCUUGUUUUUUUUAAAAAAAUUGAAAUUUAAAAAAUGUAGCGGUUAAAUUAUUUGUCCACCUAUAUGAAGGGCAAUACACUGAAGCUAUUUGUAACUUAAUUCAUGUUCUAAAAACGAAUUAAGAGAACCCACACAAUAUUUGAUAUAUUGUGGACAUGUGAUGUCUUUGCCUCGAGUAACACGGAGCUAGGAGACUCUUGAUCAAGCCAGGAAAUUUAAUCUGUUAUUGUUACUAUCUAUAUCCAUUUUCAAAGCAUGUAAUAAUAUAUGCAAGUAUCCUGGUGUUACCAGAUUCUGCUUUAUUGAUCUCCAAGCACAUCAAUCCACACUUUAA